CGCCGGCGUGGGCGUCGUUUGCAAGGGCGAGGCCGUCAUCCGCGGUCGUGUUUGUAUAUUAUAUGAUAUCGUCGUAUUGUACCGCAUCGAACGUAGACCGCCAAAAUCGUUUUCCAUAACCGUUUUUUAUUUUUGUAUUUUUAAAAUUCUUACGACGCGGCUUCCGAUUCAGUAACUACUUUUGUCGUGGAAUCCGUAUUUUUAGCCAGUCGCAUACACCCCUAUCACUGAUAAUAAUUCGCGUGCGUGUACAGUCUUAUACGCCCUGUUUAGUAGAGUAAUGUCUUGUCGUGACGUGCCGGAUAAUAACAACUCUGCCGCGUGACAACGUAUCGCGGUUUUUCGUUGCAAUAUUGUUGUACACCACACACUCGUACGCGUAUGUUGUGUUACCGCAAGUUUAUACGUAUUUUUUCGCAUCUUAUAUUGUAAAAAAUACCCUAAUAAAAUAUUUUAAAUUAUAAUUAUUAUAUCGAGUGCCUGUAUUGUCGUACAAACGCAUAUUAGGUGCCAAUAUUAUUAUUAUCAUAUAAUAUUAUAUCUCUCGAAACUGGACCGCAGUCCUGCGAUCGAUGGACAUCAAGGGUAAGGUCGCCAUGGUUACAGGCGGGGCCGCCGGUAUUGGACGCGCGUAUUGCGAAGAACUGUUGAAAAACGGAGCCAAAGUUUCUAUAUGUGAUAUUAAUGAAGAUGUCGGCGUCAAAUUGGCCGACCUGUUAGGAGCCAAGUUUGGAAACGUCAAAGUCAUAUUUUGUCCCUGCGACGUCACCGAUUAUCCACAGUUUCAAGAUGCGUUUCGAAAAACUAUAGCAGCUUUUGGUGGACUUGACAUAGUAGUUAAUAAUGCGGGUGUAUUCAACGAUCGAUUCUGGGAAUUCGAAGUGGAUGUUAACUUGAACGGUGUCAUCAGAGGAACAUUGCUGGCGAUGCAACUCAUGGGCAAGGACAAAGGAGGUCGUGGUGGUACUGUGGUCGUAACUUCGUCUACAAUGGGUUAUAAACCAUGUCCCAGUAUGCCAAUCUACACAGCAACCAAACAUGCUCUAAUUGGUUUCAUUAGAUCAUUUGGGGAUCCUUAUCACACAAAUUUAACAGGGAUUCGAGUAAUCGCUUUAUGUCCAGGAAUGACACUGACUGAUGCUAUACCCGAGGAUGUUAAACUGGCGUUAUUGUCGCCCAAUUUUAUACACCUCUGGGAUAAGGAUGUCGCAUCACAAGCACCCCAAGCAGCCCAAAGUGUGGGACGUGCGCUAAUUCACGUACUACAGAAAGCUCAAAGUGGUUCAGUCUGGGUUGCCGAGAACAACAAAUCAGCCAAAGAAGUUAAGUUCCCUAACUUUUAAUUUUUAACGCCAUCUGCCAAUUACUUUUUUUAAAUAAUUGUUUUGUUUUUUAAUGUUUAAACUAUUCUCCACUUGUGGUGAUGGACAAAAUUUUAUUGAUUAUUUAUAAUUUAUAUAAUUAUAUGUUUUUGUAUAAUUGAAUUCAAAGUCCAUAAUUUACCGUUAUUAAUUAUUAUUGUUUUAUUCGCGAAAAUCGUCAUAAUGCUUCAAUAGGUUAAUCAUAUAAGCAGGUAUAUUAUUUCAUUUUAUAAUCAAUAUUUAGCGCAUCGGUUCUUCAAUUUAUUCGGAUAAUAAAAUUAAAAAUAUAUCCAUAUUAACGUAAUUUCGACGGAAAUAUAAAUUAAUCAACGUACAUAAUAUACAUCAAAUAUCACCAUAUCGAAGUAUAAAUGAAAACUAUAUACUCGUACUUAAUGCUCAUAUAUAUUAAUCGUAUUAAACAUAUGAUAUAUAUAUAUAUAUAUGUGUGUGUGUGUAUAUAUAGAUAUGCAGUCAAAAAGUCGGUAAAAUAUCGUUAAACAAUUAUCUAUGUUUUUAAUACCUGACGAAUUAUAUUCACGCACACUCGCACACACACACAUAUGUAUUAAAUAUAUUAAAUAUUUUUAUGAAUAGGGUUUUUUAUUGUUUACGCAUUACACCAAAAUAAUAAUAAUUAAUUAUCUAAAUUUUGUAUAUUUUUAAAAUAAUCAUCGGCUGUGAAACUAUUUUGUUUUGUGAUAUGAUAUGCUAUUUACUUAAUUGCUUAUUAUAUAAUUAUAUUAUACCUACCUAUUUCAAACCCCCAUAAUACCUAGGGAUAUUGUUUUAUAUAAAAAAUCAAAAUCAACGAAAUUCACCUGGGACCAUGUUAUAUUUAAAAUAAUAAAAAUUAUAACAAUAUGAUAUUACUUUUUACGGCCCUUGGUAAUUUGUUUUUA